AUGUCCCAAAGACGAUUCCAUAGGAAAAGCCGUCAUGGCUGUACGCAGUGCAAGCAAAGCCGCAAAAAAUGCGACGAGAACCGCCCUCAAUGCGGGCGAUGCGAAAAGGCCAAACAGCAUUGCUCGCUAUCCGAAAUAACUUCAAAAGGCUUGAUAUUCAUAUCCACCGAUCCUACCUCAGAGCACUAUAAGAAGAGCGCAAGUACCACCGAGCCACAACCUGAUAUAAUCUCUCAUGGACCGAGCACUGAUGCCUCACUGGACGACAUCUCAACUUCCCCGUCCUUCACAUCCACUCCAGACAGUAAUAUUUACGAGUCGCAUUUUAGCGACACAGAACGGGAAGGACUCCGAUUAAUGCAUCACUAUACUCUCCAUACAGCAAAAACUCUUGCAGACCUUACCAUACCAACAGACUGCGAUCAAACAAUCUGGCAUACAUUCGCCGUCGAGCUGGCUCUCGAAAAUGACUUGGUGCUUCACGGUCUCUUAAGCCUGAGCGCACUCCAUUUGGCAUUAUGUGGCAUCUCUAAACCAAGACACACUAUAUUGGCUAUUCACUACUACGAUUUAGGGCUGGCAUUAUUUCGUCCCUAUCUCACCAAUAUUACAGCUCAAAACUACCAAUCGAUGUUUACAUUUACGUGUAUAGUCAUGUUGUACGCGUUCGGCAUUCAGAGGUGCUCCGAGUCGACUGCGAAUACAAUUGAAAAGUCCAACAUCGAAGCGUUGAAGCGCAGCCGAUGGUCCGUAAUGGUGAUGCCAGAGCCACUUCCGACCCUUGAGGAGAAGCUGCCAGAUGAGAUGGAAACCAUGCUUGCGAAGCUUUUACAGCGCGCCUCCGUCACAGCCACGACACCGAGUCAAGCCGAAACCUAUCUUGCAGUCAUCCAAAGCCUCAGAUACAUACUCAUACUCACCUCCACGCCCAGACCCGCACACGUUACACUAGUCAUUUUUCCAAUGACGAACCCAAGUGACUACUGGGAUAUGAUGCUGAAUCAUGAUCCGCUAGCAUUAGCGGUUUUAGCGAAUUACGCUGUUACGAUUCAUCGGCUGAGGCAUAGUAUAUGGCUGGAAGGAUGGGGAAAGGAAAUGGUCGACGCGGUGCAUGCGAUACUUGCGCCGGAGUGGCACGACUGUAUAGAAUGGGCUCUCCAGGAGACGAGAGUGCCCUGA